AUGGCAACCGUCCAUAAAUGUGACGCUCCCGGUUGCGGAAAGCGCUUCUCUCGGUCUGACCAUCUCACACGCCACAAGGACAUCCACCUGCCUCGGACAAUCUACCGAUGUGCCGUGACUGAUUGUUCCAAACGAUUUGUCCGCAAGGAUGUAAGGGACAAGCAUGAACUUCGCCAUAAAAGGAAAAUCAGUAAGCGUGAUCGGGGUGAUUACAAAGGGACUCACCGAAUUGACGGAAGCGAGAGCCAUUCGGAUCCUGAAACUGUAAGAAGUUCCACUGUUACAGCCAUCAAAGAAGAUUCUCUAAGAGGAAUCGUUGCUGACCCAGUGGAUAUUCUCAAUUUUGAUAUUAGAGAUCCUCUUCUGGCUUCUUUGCCCGAUACUCGCUUGAUGCCUCCAGAUAUUGCCCAAUGGCUUUUUAGCGAUGAGGCUCUUUACUUAGAGGGGGACAAGGUCAGUCCGUAUGGCUUCAAUGCCAUCUCCAACAUUAAUACCGACCAUGUUCUUGAAGAUGCGGUUCUCGUGUCGCCAGAUUUCCCCCACCCAAACUUCCAGACUUCUGUGAGCGACACUGACUUGGCCAGAAUGUGUGACACCAUUCCAGCACUUGCCAACUUGCAAUUCGGACAGUUACAAGCUGAGAGAGCUCUUGAAAUUUACUGGGGCUACUUUCAUGUCCAGUUCCCCAUUUUGCACAGGCCUUCUUUCAAUACGUCUCAAGCAAACCCUUUUCUUCUACUCAGUAUGGUGUUGAUGGGAGCUGCGCUUUCUCCUUGCACCGACAGAGACGAAACGCCACUCAUGGGAGAUUCCGGGCUUUUGGCUGAAACUAUAGCAUAUCCGCUUCGUUGGCUCAUUAGCUCGUCUAAUGAAUUUAGAUCCCCUCCUCGCUCAUACAUACUACAGUCCUUGAUCAUUCUCGAAACCUACGAGAUUCUUCUCGCUAACAGAGAACUCCACGAGAGAGCUUACUUAAAUCAUGGAGUAAAGAUGCAACUAUUACGGAGAAGUCCACUUCUUGGAGGUGAUCCGCUGAGUAAAACCAAUGACGACAACGAAAUCACAUCAGAACCGGACGCUUGGAAACGUUGGAUCGAAGUGGAGUCGUUUAAUAGAGUCGCAUUGGUUGCUUUCUACUUGGAUACCAUCAAUGCAACUAUCUUUGGUCACCAAAUUGUUCUUUUUGCCCAUCAAAUUAAACUUCUGAUGCCCUGCGAUGACAUGUUAUGGGAAAUGGCCACUAUUGACAAGAAUAACUUGCCUCCACAAACCAGACCCCCCAAAUUUAUCUCGGCUUUAAUGAAAUUACUUCAUCUGGAAAGCUUAGAAGUAGGACCCUUAGGAAAGAAGGUCCUUCUUGCAGGCUUGCUUAGCAUCAAGUUCCAAAUGGAACUCAAAGAUCUACAAGUACAUUUUUUGAACUGGCGUUUCAUCAAGGACUCUUGGAAAGAAACUUUGUACCACGCAAUAGAUGUGUGGCAAACGAAUAUCUGUCAUGGAGACUGUUGUGACUCGAGAAAUGCGUUCUAUCUAAUUCCUAAUUAUGAAAGCUCCACCCCUGAGCCUUUCGACAUCAUGGAGCGCCGGUGCAAAUUUCCGGCGUAUCAUAUCGGUCAGACAUUUAUGGGUAUCAAGCAGUAUGACAUUAUAAUCUACGCCGGUGCAACAAAUCGUAUGAGUGUGAAAACUACUGAACGUGACUACAAAGUAGUAAAGGAGAGAAUUGAGGCAUGGGCAAACUCUCCCAAGGGUGCUGUUUCUGUCUUGCAAAGCUACAUCUUUUUGUGGGAGCUCAUGUUCGACAAGGAAAUGGAGAAAAUUUACAAUCCAAGCUUGGAUCCUGUGUUCUACCGUCCGAAUGCUGUUGCCUCUGCUUUGUUUGUUGUAUGGGCCUACAAUUACUGUCUUUUUGGUCCUGAAGUGAGAGCUUCUGAAGAGCACAAUUGGUCUGCUACCGAGAAUGGCUACAGUUAUAUGAGACGAGUAUGUGGAGCAUUAUUAAUAGAUUCUGGAGACUCAACUCUUGUCACUAAGAACAUACCCGAGUAUUGCUCGAUUCUUCCAACGAUUCCAAGAACUAACAAUCUUGUCGGCUUGAUGAUGCAGUUCCUGGAUGGCUUCAGUCAUUGCACAUCCGAAGUCUGUAGAGAAUAUGUUGGUCUUCUUGGCAAUUGUGCUGGUCGCAGUAUGGGGAGAUCAACAAGCUUAAGUUUUUCUUAA